AAAAAAAAUGAUAUAAAGUUUAUUUCGAUAAAAAGACAGUACAACACGUUAACCCUUUGUCUGGAAAUGUUGUAUAGAUGGAGUUGUGUAUUUACUUUCCAUUUGAUAAGUUAACAAGGCACGAUAUGCUGUGAAAAAGCUGCUCUAGAAAUCUAAUUGUUUAAUACGGAAAUGUCACUUUUAAACGAGACAUGAUGAGCGGAGAUACUUUAUCGGUUGUUCGACUCUAUCAGACUAGUGAUACACAGAGUAAACACAUCGUUCACAGACCGAGUAUCAACCCAGACAAGUCCUAAGUCUAACAAUUAUAUAUUGUUUAAAUAACCAGCGUCAGUGAGUAACUGUUCCCUCGUGUGGCUGUUAUAGUACUGCGUAACCUGGAGUCCACAUCCUGAUGAGUACAGCGAGCAACCGAGACGAGAAAAGAAUUAUCGACCGGAAGGAUAUUGGAAGACAAUUUUAAUUAUCUUACAUCAUGACUGACAGAAGAAAUUGCAAUCGAUUUCGCGAAGUAAACAUCUUCGUUUAUAUCCUUGUCGCCAUGUUUGGUACUGCAUCAUGGUUAGCCGUCAAUGGCCUCUGGGUAGAACUGCCUAUCAUGGUCCCUCACUUACCGGAGGGCUGGAAACUCCCGUCAUAUUUAACAGUGAUUACCCAACUAGCGAACAUUGGACCUGUUAUGCUGACAUUUUGGUUUUUGUGCUGCAAAUAUUCUAUCCCCGAGAAGACUUUAGUUUAUGUUAUUCUGGUUGUAGGGGCAGCCGCUUGCCUUCUCCUUGUGUUUUUCUGGAAGAAUACCUCGUAUGUACUGGGAACGAAUCACAGUUUGGCUUUAUUGGUUCUGCAGUUUUUCCUUGCCAGUGUUGACUGCACAUCGUCUGUCCUGUUUCUUCCCUUUAUGUCCAUGUUCAAAACCCAGUAUAUGUCUGGCCUGUAUAUCGGAGAGGGUCUGAGUGGCCUGAUCCCCAGUCUAGUAGCACUAGGACAAGGCGUGGGGAAGAUGACGUGUCAGAAUAUAUCGGUCUUAGACACGACUACAAAUAUUUCACAUAAUGAAAUUCAACCAGAAUAUCAAGAUCCUUCCUUUCCAGUGGAGCAUUUCUUUUAUUCCCUCUUCGGUAUGGUAGUGAUGAGUGGUCUAGCGUUCACACUUCUGAAUUACCUACCGUACUGUAAGAGACAACACGUAAAGGUAAAAGAAGAACCCAGUGACGAGGACUUCAUAAAUAGUUUUAACUUAAACAGUGAUUUUUGCCGUAACUACACUACAUUUUCAGACACAGUUCACAAUCCGUCCAUGGUGAAUGGCUCCAGUCAAACGUUAUUGCCUAACAACAAAAAAGUUCGAACGAUUGACAUUUAUUCUGGCAGUGUCAGCCAACCAGCUCCCCAACAGACGGAAAUUAGACGAAGGACUUAUGUGUACCUUAUCAUUCUGAUCGGCUGGAUCAACGCUCUAGGUAAUGGGGUGCUCCCUUCCAUACAGACAUACUCGUGUCUACCGUAUGGUGCCAAUGCUUACCAUCUUAGCGCCACCCUCUCCAGUAUUGCCAAUCCUGUCGCGUGUUUUGGAGUAUUCUUAGUUCCAGUGUCCUCGAGCCUCGUUAUCGGUAUUCUCGUCUUGUUGGGUACAUCUUUGGCAGCAUUCAUUAUGCUGAUGGCUGUACAAAGUCCAACCCCUUUGCUGUACGAAAGUGUCGCGGGUCCUGUGAUUAUGGUGAUGUCAUGGAUUUUAUUGGUUCUAUUAAUGACGUUCUCAAAGGUAUCCAUAGCAACGCUCUUCAGAAGAGAAGGUAGAAAAGCUCUGUUUUGGUGUGGCGUGGUGACUCAAGUCGGUUCUACAAUUGGCGCUCUUGUAAUGUAUAUACUGGUCAAUGAAACUGACAUAUUCCAAAGUGCUCCUGACUGUCCUUGACAUCACGAAUUUAAUAGAAGAUAAUGCAAAGAUCGUGAAGCACAAAGUUUUGUAAUUCUUAUGAGAGUUGUGUUUAUUUCUCAUGGUUAAAACACAACUUAUUUCUGAUGUGUCUGUAUAUUUGAUAGAAGCCAACGCUAAGUUAUAUUUUGCAAGACCAUGUAGGAAUGAAGGCAAAACAAUGAAAUAUGAUUUUGUUUGCUUCACACGAACACAUAUCACACUUGAUACCAUUCAUUGGUUUUUCUAAGUCAAAAGUUAAUAGCUUGCUGUGCAUUGUAAUUAAUACCAAAUAAUGAGUAUCAAUUUCAAAACCAUUGUAUAUAUAACUGUUGUAUUACACUACAAGUGUUCAGUCAGUGUUGUACUGAGAUUGAAGCGUCAAUCAUGCAUCCAUAAUGAUGUUUGAUUCUCCUAGUCAUUUUUGUUGAUCUCAAUUAUUAAAAAUACUUAUACAUAUUAUGAACUUUAUAUGACUACAUACUAGCUGCGUAGAUCUGUUUUCACCGAGCUUUUGUAGAUAUGUUAGUACAAAUGUCGCUAUCCCCUCAUCCUCUGCCGGUGUCGUUGAAUGUGUUAUUUAUAUUUAAAAUAUUUCGUGAAUGACAUUGGACAUAGCAGGUGGACGCCACUGUUUAUCAGUAACUUCCUUGCCCUUCGCUUAUACCCGUGGUAAUAUUUAUAUAUAGCAGCCAAACUUACCUUCAACGAAUAAUAGACGACACUGUUUAUCAGUAACUUCCUUGACCUUCGCUUAUAUCCGGGAUAAUAUUUAUAUAUAGCAGCCAAACUUACCUUCAACGAAUAAUAGACGACACUGCUUAUCAGUAACUUCCCUGACCUUCACUUUUAACCCGAGGUAAUAUACAUAUAUAUAUAUAUAUAAAACAACCAAACUUAAUCAUAAACGACACUGUUUUAACAUAUUGGAUUCUUUUUUACAAGUUUCAGAAAACAUGAAAUGUUAUACUCUAUAAAACUGACGGUGCUAUAUAUUGUGUAUUAUGUUAUUUUGGUGGUUCCUAUGACUACUUGGCAAACGCACGUUCCGGAUAGGCGUAUGUGUGAUAGAUAAGAUAGACACAAUUGACUGGUCACGUUGUAUGUGGACUUAAAAGAGGCUAUUAUAAUAACAGUAUCGCGAAAUAUUAACUAUACGUCACCAAGGUAUAAUACUGUGAUAUCUUAACAGGCUUUGUAAUCACUAGGCCUAGAUCUAUCUGAGACCAGUAAAGUCCGGUUGUGUAGUCAUAUGUGACAAAUCCUAUCGCUCAUGUAAAAAGAAAACAAAAGUUUCGUUUCGAUGACCAUUCGACAUCGAUUCAUUUGUGAUAGAAAAACAUUAUCAUAUAAUCGGGAUUAACAUUAGAGUUGCGGUAAAAUCGCUAGAAAGUUUAAAAAAAAUAAAAGGCAUUAAAAUGAAUGCUUAAAAAAUUUUAAAAAAGGGAAGAAACCUGAGCACUGAAAUAUAAAAACAUUGUUCAUGUCUUAUAAAUCCUUUGAAUAGCUAGCUAGAUACAAUAUCUGUAUGUGUAUACGAUUUACCCAUUGUUAACACUGACGAGGACAAUACAAUCCUACACCGGAGUAACAGUUUAAUACCUUGUCACCUGAAAGCAAUAUAUCUAGCAGAUUAUUUCUGCAAAUAUACUACACUUGUUAACCUGAUUAUAAAACGAUGUCCUCUUUGGCGGUGAAAGCCAAACCUAGUAUUAUACAAGAUGGUUACGAUUUCUGUAUUGUAAACACAUUGUGGAGUUCGACUCUCGAAAUACUUUCAACAAAUAAACAUGACCAGCCUGAAUUAUGUUAUUAGUUAAAAUCAAUCGUGUGUGAAAGUGACCGUUACAGGGGGCCGUAUAUUAUAGCUAUAGUACAAUGAAUACUCGAGGUAUAGAAUAAUGUUGCGUAUGGAUUUAAAUGUUGUUAAGUACAUAUCCACACUCACCGACUUUCUAUGACCAGAAACCUACCCACGGUCGAUCUACGUCCAAAACGACACGUAAUAAACGCCAUUGAAGAUAUUAAGUGUAAAUAUAUUUGGUAAUUCGUUUUACUUUCUAUGUAAUUCGUUUCGAUUUUUUUCUGAUCCAAAACCUACCCACGAUCGAUUUCAGUUCAAAACUAAAGAUAAUAAACACCCGUGUAUAUGAAACACUGUAGACGUUUGUGGUAAUUCAUUAUAUCACUCCUGUGACAUUAUUUUUGUCUACGUCAUCAUGUACAGCUUUAUGUAACUGUCAUAUUUAUUAAAUAUUACUCCAACUAUUAAAUAUACAACUCUAGCGAUUCUAACGAAUGUGGAAGAUUAUCAAAU